AUGUUCCCCUCUCUCGCCCUCCUUCCACUUCUCGGUUUCCUUGCCCUGCCCCUCGCCCGGGCAGAUGCUUCAGUCACUCUUUAUACCGGCGCUUCUGCCACCGCCACCGCCACCUCCCUCGCCGCUGGUGAGACCUACACCGGUCUCGCAGCCUACGACCCCGCCCGUCUUACAGCCCCCACUCCCCCUUCCCCCGCCGUCACAUCCAUCACCAUGUCCAUCCCCUCCAACGGCGACGGCGUCGUCGCUGAAAACCUCGCCCUGUCCAUCCCACAAAAAGGCAACUUUCUCGGGUUCUCGAUAGAGUUGUCAGUCGCGCCGUCCAUUAUGGGCGCCCGGAGCGGAACCCUCAAAGUACCGUUUCUGAAUUUCAUGGCCAACAUCCAGAACCGUGCGGGCGUGGGCGCGAUUGUGAGAGUAGGCGGUAACAGUCAAGAAGGCAGUACCAUCUUUGUCGAUGGGCUCGACGAGGGCGCGGCGAUGGAAAAGAUCAAGGUCUCCUCUGGCGCCACCGACACGCCCAUCAUCAACUACUCUCCCGAGCUGUUCUACAUCAUGUCAAAUAUCACAUCCCUCGUCGGUGUCGAAUGGUAUUUCGGUCUCGCGUUCAAUGAGACGGACGUCGAUUUGCAGAUUGACAACAUCCCUUUGGCGGCUACCUGGGCCCAAGAGAUUCUUGGCGAUAGCUUGCUCGGUCUGAGUGUGGGCAACGAACCAGACUUGUAUGUCGACCACAACCAUCGUGAAGCGGGAUACAACGUCGCCGACUAUAUCUCUGAGUACGACGCCACCCUCGCCUCCAUCAUCGCCAACGGCUCCCUCCUCGACCCCUCCAUAUUCCUCGGCCCCUCGCUCUGCUGCGAAGUCGCCGGAUUCGAGUUCUCCGACCUCCUCUCCGCCGGAUGGCUCGACGACAACGUCGACCGUCUAUCCGCCGUCACCGUCCAACAUUACCCCACCAACAACUGUCAGGUCAACGGCAACGUCAUUGAUGCCCAAGACAUCUUUGCCGACUUCCUGAACCAUACCUCUGCUCAAGCGCUUGUGGGCGCGUAUUUGGGAGACUCGGCGACGGUACAGGACAGGGGCAAGGAGUAUGUCAUGUUGGAGAUGAACACGGCAAGUUGUGGUGGGUUUCCGGGAUUGAGUGAUAGCUUUGGUGCGGCCAUGUGGAUGACGGAUUAUGCGCUGCAAAUGGCGUACGGCAACUUUUCUGCCGCCCUCAUGCACGUUGGUGGUCAGAACGUCUACUACAACCCCUUCACUCCUCCCCCUUCCAGCUUGUCGAGUACCCGCCAAUGGACCCCCGGAAGCGUCUACUACCCCACCCUCGUUGUCGCCGAAGCCUUCGGCAAAUCCAACAACUCGCGCGUCGUCGACCUCACCCCUCUCGCCGAAGUCGACGCCAACUACAUCUACCACCCCGUCUACGGCAUCUACGAGGACGACGUCCUCGCGAGGAUGGUGCUGUUCAACUUUAUCGAUGAUGCGACGGGUGGGAGCGAUUUGGACAUUGUCAUCAAUGUUCAGAAUCAGGGUAGUCCGUCCGAGGUGUAUGUGAGGUACCUGCAAGCGGAUACCGUAAGCGAGCAGUACGACAUCUACUGGGCGAACCAGACUCUCGGCUCGUCCUUUGCCGCCGACGGUCGUUUGUCGGGUGACCAAACAACAUACCAAAUCGCCUGCGACCAAACCGCCAACACGUGUACCAUCCCCGUCUUCGCCCCCUCCAUCGCACUCGUCUUCUUCUCCAACGAUUUCCUCGAAGAAUCAAGUGUGGCGGAAGACGCGACGUCGACGUACGGUACGAGUGUCGUUGGGAGCGGGGAUGCGACGGUGGAUGUGGGGAGCUUGGAGACGUCCAAUGGAGGGACUGGGAAUCAGGGGGGCGGAACUUCCAAGGGAAACCAGACUUCGGGUGCGGGGAGAGUCGCCGUUGGCGCUGGAUGGGCUGUAGCCUGUCUGGGUGUUGUCAGCUUGCUGCUAUGA